AUGGCUCGAGUGGAAACCGGCAUGUUCGGGCAUGGGAAUCACAGUGGAUGUAACCAUGGGGUGGUAACCACCUUCCGCAUGUGGGGCGCGGCUCAAGACCUUGCAAGCGCUCCACAUGGCCUGUGUGACCCUGCUGCUGCUGCUGCGGCUGCUGCUGCUGCUGCUGCUGCUGGUGAUGAUGAUGAUUCUGCUGCUGCUGCUGGCGUUACUGCUUGUGGUGGUGACAGCACCAGAUCCGCUGUUGGCAGUUAUGAGAGGGGCGAUGGCGCUCUGUUAACCAGCGUGGAGAAAUACUCGAGCUUCAGCGACGUGGGCGCGAUUGCAAUCACGGGGCGCAGAAGCCACCGCAGAGACAGCAGCGCCUUUGUGUGUCGCUCCGAGGCGUAUCUAGACGCGCUCUCAGAGGCUAUAGCUACCGGCCUGGCGUCCAGAGCUGUGACGUUCCUUGCCGACCAGAUUUCGUCCGGCCAAUGGGAUGCUCCGAUGCCUCCCCUGCUGCUGCACCAAUCAGAGGCUCAGCCUGAGAUUCGGUUGGAUUGUGCUGCUGGUGCUGGUGAUGCUGCUGGUGCUGAGGGCAAUGAGUCAUUACGUGUAGCUGCUGGUGUGGAAGCCACGUCAGCGGAUGACAUGGCAUGCUCGGGAGGGCUAGGAGGGCAAGGGGCAACAACGCUGAGUCGUGCCAGCCUGGGCCUGGCACGUGCUGACUCACGCAUGGGAUCGCUGACGCCGAGUGACAGGUCAGCGCUCGAUGAGUCGGUGUUUGUCGGCAGUAUUGGCCACCUGGCGACUUUGGGCGGUGCACUGGCAGGAGAAGCUGUUGGUGGGGCCCCUUCUCCUGCUGACGUGGCACUUUCUUCUGCCUUACCCAUUCUCGCUGCUGCUGCUGGUGCCACCACCACCACCGCUGCUGCUGCACCGAACGAACCUUUGAAAGAUUCUCCAGAACCUGUCAACGAGGCAGCUUCAGCCGCAGCAGCCAGAGUUGCCGAACCUGCUCAUCCAUUUCCGCAUACAGUCUCAGGUGACUAUACCGAGCUGGGUGCGCCUGUAAAGAGGACAAGCAGCAGGGCAGACCGGUUAAGAAAAGAGGUGGCGGAGUGGAAUGGGGAGUGGGAGGAUGCAGCAGCAGGGGGUGUGUCACUGGUCUAUGAGGGGCAGCGGAGUGGGAGGGGAGGUGCGAUGGAGAAAGGGGUGGACAGUCAGGUGUCUGUGGUGUGUGGCGGCCUGCUAUUCGCAAUCGCCCUGGUGACGUGCUGCCUGUGGGCCAUGUGGGAGGUGGCGGAGCGAAUGGAAGGUCAGACGGAGAAGCACCUCACGGAGCUGGCUGCUGCCAGGGCCACGCAGGAGGGGGCAGUCCGGGCCAAGAAGGAAUUUCUCGGAUGCAUCUCGCAUGAGAUUCGCACCCCAAUCAACGGGAUUAUAGGCAUGCUGCAACUGUUGGUGGAGGAGUGUGAGCUAGCUAGACCAGGAUCAGAGGGAUGCGAUCGACGCUACGCUGCUCUUCCCUUGCUCACCCCCUUAUGCAUGCUGCAGCUAUUAGUCGAAGAGUGCGAGCUGGAUCAGGAUCAGAGAGACGCAAUCGACACUGCGCUGCUCUCCUGCUGGACGCUCACUGACUGGCUGGCAAAGUUUGUCUAUUCUGAGAACCCCACCCUCCUCGUCCCAUCCCCCUCUGCUGCAGCAGCGACCAUUGCUGCGGUAGCAGCAGGAGCAAGGGCGAAUGAUCCUCCCGUUAUCGCAGUGAGAGGAGGGGAGGCGGGAGUGCUGAGACCAGAAAUAGAGAGGAGAGGGAGGAUUGGGGAGGAGGGGGCAACGAAGUUGCUGGUUGGCGCUGCUAGGAGCAGCUCUGAGAGCUCUGAGGAGGCUUGGCCGGCACAGGAGGGACAGAUGCAGGAGGAGGGAGGGAGGCAGCAGGAGGGAGGGAGACAACAGGAGGGGGAGAGGCAGCAGGAGGGGGAGAGGCAGCAGGAGGGGGAGAGGCAGCAGGAGGGGGAGAGGCAGCAGGAGGGGGAGAGGCAGCAGGAGGGGGAGAGGCAGCAGGAGGGGGAGAGGCAGCAGGAGGGGGAGAGGCAGCAGGAGGGGGAGAGGCAGCAGGAGCAAGCGAAUCUGCGGGGGAUGAGGGAGCAGGUCCUUCCGAGCCAGUUCUCAGGCUCGGUGGGCGCGAUUCCAAGCCUCUCACGGCCGUUUAUCAGACCUUUGGGCCUUGUUUCUCCUGACAGGAGUGCUGGUUCGAAUCUACUGGCUACUGCUGCUGUUGCUGCUGCUGUUGCUGCUGCUGAAACAAGAGAGGAUGUGGGGUACGUGAGCGGUGAUAGCGGUUACGCCAGUGGUGCUGGUGGUUAUGUCAGCGGUGACGCUGGGUAUAGUUGGAAGGAGAGGAGGAGAAAGGAGAGGGAAGGGUACCCUUCUGCUUCUCACCUGGGCAUGCCUGGUGCUGCUGGUAGCAGCAGGGAGGUUUGUGUAGGGGGAGGUACAACUGGGGAGGGUAAAGCUGGGGAAGACUUGUGGGGUGGAGGGGAGGUGGUGUCUGGGAGUGGGUUGGCUGCUACCCCCUCCUCCUGGUCCUCUGAGAUGGAUCUUCUGAUUGGUGGACGGUGGGGAGGGGAUGGUGGGAGAGGAGAGGGGAGUGGAGGAAUUGCGUUAAGAGGGGAGGGGAAUGAAGGAGGAAGGGAAUUCGUGAAGGAUGGGAGCGAAAAGGCGAGAGGGGAAGAGGGAGAGGGGGAGGGAGAGGAUGCAGAAAGGGGGGAGGAGGUGGAGAUUAGACGAGCCAAGACUCUGGAAGCCGACUGGUCGGGGCGACGAGGCGGGACGAGAGGAGUGACGUUCGCAGAAGCAGACGAGGAGGGGCGGUCAGGGGAGGAGGGGGAAGGAAGGGUGAGGGAGCAGAGGUUGGGAAGCAGAGCGCGGUUUCCAGAUAUGGUGGUGGUUGAGGAGCAAGGGGGCAUGGAGCCCUUUCCAGGUUCAAGCAACUUGAAGGGUACGGAUGGGUACACGAGGGGUUCAGAUGGGUACUUGAGCAGUCCAGGCAGCACAGCCAGCAGCAGGAGUCAGGCCCAGUCGCACCGGUUCCCAUCCCCUUCUGAUAGCUGGGGCCCUGCUCUCCCCACUGCUGCUGCUGCUGCUGCUGCUGCUGCUCCUUCCGCUUCCCCGUCCUCUUCUCCCUCCUCCUUGCCCUUCUCCUCUGCGUGCGUUCCACCUUCCACUCUCACAGCUACUGAUGUUGCACCUACAGCACCUGAUGAGAAUCUUCUACCUGCUCUUUCACCUGAAUGCACGCAUUGCCCUGCCCUCCCUGCAUCCUUGGCCGCCUCCUCUUUCUCGCCUGCCGCCUCUCCCCCUGCUCACAUCACUGCUCCCACGGUGAGCUAUAGGGAGCUAGCAGCAGCUGCUACUGCUGUGCCUGCAGCGGAUUUCUCAGCUGGACACGAAGCAGUUAAGGUUCCAGUGGCUGGGGCUGUAGCAACACGGGCUGUACCGUUGCCAGCAGCACCGUCCUUGACUGACCUGGUACAGGAGGAGUUUGCUGCUGCUGCUACUGCUGCUGCUACAGCUGCAAUAGCUGUUGAUGACAUUUAUGAUGAAGCAGAAGAGUGUGAUGAGAGGGAGGAGGAGAGGAGGGAGCAGGAGGGUCAACGAGUGGGAGAGGAAGCAGGGAGAGCCGCUGAAGACAGAGGUAGCAGCGCGGGGGGAGAGAGGACAAGAAGGCAGGAGACGCGGGGGGGUCCAGGGCUCCUGGACCUCAAAACACCAGGGUCUGAAACAGGGAACCACCACCAGGGCGGCCAAAUCUCCCCCGAAACCACGCGCGAAACCUCCUCCGAAACACCGCAGGCCUCCUCCGCGGAUUCAAAUCAAGCAGGGCAGGUGGACGAGCUGAGCCAAGCAGGGCAGGUGGACGAGCCGAGCCAAGCUCCCGCCCCGCCACUCUCCCCAAGGACCCUCACGGCACGGUUGAAAGGGCGACGGGUACUUGUGGUGGAUGACAACGCGGUGAACCGCAAGGUGGUGCUGGCGAAGCUACGGCCGUACGGCAUGGUGGGCGUGCAGGCAGAGAAUGGCUGUGUUGCAGUGGAGAAGUUUUUAGAGGGGAUGAAGGAAGGCGGAGACGCGGGUGUAGGGGGUGGGGGUGGUGAGGGGAGUGAGGGAGGCGGAGGAGGUGAAGGAGGUGGAGGGGACGGGUUUGUGUGCGUCUUUAUGGACCUUCAGAUGCCGGUGAUGGACGGCUAUGAUGCAACCAUCGAAAUCCGACGGCUGGAGGAGCAGGUGGGUCGGCAUCGAGGUCCGCUUCACAAGCGGCUGGAGGCAGUGUGCGCAGGGUACGCGCUGCACCACCUGCUGUCGUCCAAGCUGACUCCGGCCAGAGUCCCAGAUACUCUCUGGGACUAUACCAACGCUGCGUCUUCCCAGCAGCGGCAACCACAGCCACCGGCGCAGCAGCAGCGGCCGUUGCGGCUGGCCGUGUUAUGGCUGCCGGAUCGAGCCAUGCCGCACGCCACGCUCAGCCACGUGCUGGGCCCUCUGCCUCCCCCGAGCGCGCUCGGCGCCGCGCAAAGCGGCAGCCAGCAGGGCGAGUUUCAGGCGCAGGAGUCGCCACCAUUGUUCCCGGCGGAUGCGGAUGAUUCUGAUGCUGCCUCAGACGAGCCGAUCGUGCUGCAGCACCGGCCGAGUUGGCUCAACUCGCCGCUUUAUACCUUUGCGGCCCUCAAUUCGGAAGUCCCCCAGCCGAUAUCUCAAGAGCAGCUGCAGCAGCAACGGGAAAAGCAGGCUGGCACGUUCAACCCCUCCUCCUCCCAACCCCUUCCCGCCGCCCAUCCCUCUCGCACCUUGCAAGUCGAAUUCUUCCUCUCCUCCUCCCUCCCGCCUAUGGAUGCAUCUAUCAGCACCCUUGCUGACGUGGACGAUUCCUCCCAGCUUCACACCUCCAUCCAGCGCUGCUACAGCCUGCUACAGCCGUCCACAGCCGUACAGGAGCUGAUAGCCAACGAGAACCUGACACGUGUCCAGCACAGCACAGCUGUCUACGUAGAACCUGUAUCCCUCUACCCUCUCAACCCCCUCUGCACAAGCUGCCACCCUCACCACACAGUCAACUGCACCACCCGCCGCCUCAUGUGGUUUUUUCUCGGGCAGCCCGAAGGCGACGCUACAGUGGCGGGUUUCUGGCCGUCGCAGGCGCUGGCUGUGGCGCACACCUUCCACCCCUACCGCCAGCCGCACCUUCUCCGCGCCACCCUGCGCCGCUCCGCCCUCUGCCGCCCCAACCCCGCGUGGGGGGACGCGCUCCCCCCGCCCAUGCCCCCCGCGGAACCCACUUUGAAGGAGAUUGCAGAGCGGGAGGCGCUGAGGAGGAAAUGCGCGCAGCUGGAAGCAGCGGAGCUAUUCACUCUCGCAUCCGCCCAGGGGCUCAUUCACCUGCAGCACUCCCCCCAGGCGGACCUCAUCCGCGCGCAGGCCUCCGCCAGGGGCAGAUCCCCCUGCAUGCGCGACGUGCUGGUCGCCCCGGAGACGGUUCCUCGGGGUGUGGCGCCCGUGCCGGUGGCUGUGGGGGGGGACAAUGAGGGAGAGGGGGCAGCAAAGGGGAGUGGGGAGGGGAGAGCGAGUGGUGGAGUGUUUGAGGAGGAGCGUGGGUUGUGCCAUGCGCCGUUCAUCGUGCCGAUUCACAAACACCGCAUGGGCAGGCAACUGAACGUGGAUGACACAGUGGGACUUGUAUAUUGCGAGCUGCAAAAGGUCGGAUCCACCAGUUGGAAGUUUUGGAUUCGGCAGCAGCACCACCACCCCCACCCCAACCAGUUCCCAGAAGCACAACUCCCAGCCACCAGCAACAUCACCGAGGUCUGGUAUUCGCUCUCCGAACCUGACGCCAUCCGAGCCAUCACCCGAACCGACUACACCAGGUUCGUGUUCGUCCGCCAGCCAUUCACCAGAAUCGUAUCUGCGUAUCUCAACAAGUACGUGAUGGGCGGCGGCCCCAAGGAUUACGGGCGGCGGUUCUGGGCGAGAAGAUUUUUCGGGCAGCUUUGGAUGCUACGAGCCAGGGACCGGCUCAGAUAUCGGGGAAACGAGGGAGAUAUUUUCGCUGGAGGGGCAGCAGGGGAGGAAGAAGGUGCAGUGGCACAAUCAGCAGAGGCAGCAGAAGGAGGGGGUUGGCGGAAACGCAGCAGCAGUUGGUGGGGGGUGUGGAAAGACAAGAUAGAGAUGGAGAUGGGGCGACUGCUGUCGUUUGAGGAGUUCGUGCGACUGCUGGGGGAUGCCUGGGACGAGGACAGGCGCUGGUUCCUGGAUGAGCACAUCGCCCCCCAGGUACUCCGCUUGCACCCUUCUCCCUUGCUCCUGAGGCAUUGUUGUUCCAUACCCGAAUCCCCUUCUCUGUGCUCCACCCCCCUCCUCCCCUCCCCACCGCCUCCUCCCCUCACACACCCCUUCACCCCUCCCACAUCAGAACCCCCUUCCCAAUGCUCCACCUCCCUCCGUCCCUCUGCUUCCCUCUCUAACGCCUCCCCCCGCAACCCACAGAACAUCCUGUGUGGGCUGGACCGCAUACGCUACGACUACGUGGGGCGCUUUGAGAGCAUGGACGCGGACGUGAAGGCCCUCAUGCACCGCUUUGGGAGGGACCCGGGCGACGCCUUUGACUUUGGCAAGAAGAUCCACCCCACCAAGUCCAGAGACCAGCUUCUAAAGUUGUUCAAUAAGAUGCCUUCCCGUCAGGCUGCUUGUGUGUCAACUGCAGGAGUUGUACCGGAGACAUACGACAUUGUGAGGCGAGUGUACGGCAUGGACAUGCACAGACCCUCCGUUACCCGCAUUCAAGAGAACCACAUGCUUGUGCCCCCCCCCCCCCCCCCUUGUCCGCAGGAGACGUACGACAUUGUGAGGCGAGUGUACGGCAUGGACAUGCACGCACCUUUGAACAACAUCUCCUACGCUCCCCCCAAGGAGCUCCGGAGAAUCUUCGAAGAGGGGGCGGGCAGAUGA